AUGGCAUUUCUUAGCAGAUUGUUCAUCUUUAUUGCGUUGCUUAGUGUUCAUGUUCACUUCAUCUUUAGUGUUACUGACAAUGGAGAUGCUGCGGUGCUGAAAUCUUUGAAGGAUUCAUGGCAAAAUACACCACCAAGCUGGCAAAAUUCCAGUGACCCUUGUACAUCCUGGCACGGAGUUUCAUGUCAAAGUUCAAGAGUCGCUGCAUUGGAAUUGACAUCAAUGGGACUUGUGGGGAAUCUUACUGGAGACAUUGGAGGGCUCACUGAGUUGCAAUCUCUGGAUCUGUCAUUUAAUGAAGGUCUCACAGGUUCAAUCCCCCAGCAGAUAGGAGAUCUCCAGAAGUUGGAAAUCCUAGUCUUAGCCGGCUGCAAUUUCAGUGGUAUCAUUCCUGAAGAAAUAGGCAAUUUGACGGAGCUCUCUUUCCUGGCGCUGUUCUCAAAUUUCUUCAGUGGAGCAAUUCCUCCUUCUUUAGGCAAACUUUCCAGGCUCUAUUGGCUUGACUUGGCGGACAAUCAGUUAUCGGGAACGAUCCCAGUUUCAACACAAAACUCUCUAGGAUUAGACCUCCUCAAAAAUGUUAAACACUUCCAUUUGGAAAAGAACCAUCUUUCGGGUUCUAUUCCCCCACAACUUUUCAGCUCUGACAUGGCCCUCUUCAAUAUAUUUCUUGAUGGAAAUCAGCUUACUGGGACCAUCCCAAGCACUUUAGGACUUGUUCAUACUCUUAAAGUUCUCCAGCUUGAUGGAAAUGCUUUGACUGGACAAGUACCAUCAAGUCUCAACAACCUUACAUCCCUCAAUAAAUUGAAUUUGGCAAAUAAUAACCUGACCGGCCCUUUUCCAGACUUAAGUUUAAUGAAAAACCUCAAUUAUGUGGAUCUUAGCAACAAUUCAUUUGAUCCAUCAGAAGCUCCAGCUUGGUUCUCAACCUUAUCAUCACUCACUACUUUGAUUGUAGAACAUGGUUCACUUCAAGGGCUUGUUCCAGCUCAACUCUUCAGCUUCCCAUACAUAUACCAGGUGAGGCUGAGGAACAAUUCUUUUAAUGGCACAUUGGACUUAGCAGGCGAAAUUGGUUCAUUCUUGCAACUUAUUGAUUUAGAGAACAACCAAAUUUCUGCACUAGCAUUGAGUGCUGGAAAUCAAAAUUCCAACUAUACAUUGAACCUCGCAGGGAACCCAUUGUGCACUCAAUCUCUCUCAAACGUCAGUUUCUGCCGGGGCCUGCAACAAGUUGGAAAGCCAUACUCAACAAGCUUGGCUCAAUGUGGAGGCAAAUCAUGCCCUUCUGAUGAGAAACUCAGCCCACAGAAUUGUGAAUGUGCCUAUCCAUAUGAAGGAGAAAUGUCAUUCAGAGCACCCUCACUCAGGGAUUUGUCAAACGUGACCUUGUUUCAUUCCCUGGAAAUGAGCCUGUGGGUGCAAUUGGGGCUCAACCCUGGUUCAGUUUUUCUGCAGAAUCCAUUCUUCAAUACUGAAGCCUACCUUCAGGUUCAGGUGGCUCUGUUUCCAUCUGUGGGACUAUAUUUUAAUCGUCCGGAAGUUGGGAGGAUCGGAUUGCAAUUUGCUAACCAAACCUACAAGCCUCCCCUGGAGUUUGGUCCCUACUUUUUCGUUGCUUCUCCUUACCAUUUCCCUGGUUAUUAA